UCGACAUUCUUGUGCAGCAGUGAUUCAAGGAUAGAGUCGACGGCUUAUUUAGUACUGGUACCUAAAUUUACCUAUAUGGAAUCAUAUGGAAGCAAAUAUCUGCGUUUUCGUAACAGUCACGCCAUUUCUGUCUCAGAAGUUUCAGCGUUAUGCAGGCGAGUAGUUUGUUUGAUGGGAAUUUGUUUAUUUAGUAUUUAAUAGGAGCUGUAUCGCUUGCAAAAGAAGAAAUCUGAAGCUGAACACAUUAAUGUGUUCCAAGAAGAGGAACUCAACCUGUAGCCAAUCCUGUUUGUGAAUGGAUAGUUUAAACACUUAAUGCAGUCACAAAGUAUAUAGAUACUAAAAAUGACUAGAAGCUUGACAUCACGACACAUCAAGAUCAUUGUUUCAUUGUGCUCUGCAGCAAACUUCAUCAAUGCUGCUGACAGGGUGCUGAUGCCCAUAGCCAUAAUACCUAUGACAGAUGAAUUUGGCUGGACAUUGCACUGGCAGGGGUGGAUAUUGUCAUCCUUUGCACUGGGAUAUUUGACUAGUCAGAUCAUCGGUGGGAGCCUGGCGACGCGCGUGGGCGGCCGCUCUGUUCUGCUGUUUGCCGUUCUGCUGUGGUCGCUGAGCACGGUCAUCACGCCGCUGAUCGCACACUCUAUAUCUGGCCUCAUCAUCUGCCGGAUACUGCUCGGGCUCGGCGAGGGACUGGGUCUGCCGACGAUAUUCCACGUGUACGCCCACUACGUGCCGGUCGAGGAGCGCUCCCGGGCGUUCGGCUACCUGAUCGCCGCCGGCGGGGUCGGACAAACCGUGGCUGCUGUGCUGUGCCCCCACCUGCCCUGGAGGACGUCGUUUAUCCUACUGGGCCUGCUCGGCCUGGCCUGGCUGCCGCUCUGGUGUCUGCUCUACCCCGACACGGGAGAUGCCGAGAGCGAGGGCUUCAUGUCAAGGUCGGGAGCGGCCAAGGUGCGAUGGGCCGAGUUUGUCAGUCACUGGCCGCUCUGGGCCAUCUACAUCGCCCACUUCGCCAUGAACUGGAGCAACUACAUCAUCAUGCACUGGCUACCCACCUACCUGUCGCGCACGCUGGGAGCCAACACGGAGUCCAUCAGCCUGACGGCGGUGCCCUACAUCGUCAACUCGGUCAUCGGAGUCGCGGCCGGUCACCUGGCCGACCGUCUCAUCACCAAGAAGCAGUGGACGGUGCUGUCGGUACGCCGUCUGAUGACCACCGUCGGCCUGGUGGGGCCGGCCGUGUUCCUGCUGCUCUUCUGUGCCGUUACAAACCUGCCGGCGGCGCUGCUGCUGGUGUCGAUAGUGAUGGGCUUCUGCGCGUUCAACUCGGCCGGCCACCUGAGCAACCACGCCGAGGUGGCGCCCAACCACGCCGGGGUCACGUUCGCCAUCUCAAACACCCUGGCCACGAUCCCGGGCAUUCUGUGCGGCCCGGUGACGGCCGACCUAGUGACGGCUUCCCAGGGCCGGUGGUUCCCCGUUUUCGCGUUAGCAGCGGCCGUGAACCUGGUGGGAGCCAUUGUCUACUACAGCCAGAGCUCAGCACUACAGCUGCUCGGCCUGCAGCGGUACUCGAUGAUGGAGAGCUACCGGGAGCGGGUGUGACCCCGGCCGGGCCGCCGGCGGGACGCGGGCCCGUGACACGCUCACCGCCGGCCGCCGCCGCCGUCAGGGACACAGAUCUGAGCGCACCGCGCCGGACGGCGGCGAGGGAGUGCCGGCCGACUACCUACCGGGUGAUAUGGGAAUGACUGGGUCCACGCAGCGGUGUCUAUUGAGUGUGAUACGUGCCGGCGCCGCCGGGCCGGCCUUACUACUUUAAUCUGUUGUCGAGACAAUGCUUUAACCGUGCGCGCCUGCCGCCAGUGUUGGGCCGAGUCGGUCUGACGAAGACAGCGGUGGGCCUGGGGCCGACAGUGUUUGUAUUUAUCGUUAACCGCCUCCGGCCGGCAGGCAGCUGGCCACUGCGCGGUUUUCUGAUCCGCCGACUGACGAGUGAGUCCUCUUGGCUCUAUGACGAGCAUUGGCGCACCGUGCGUCGUCGAAGGCGACUAUGAGGAGACUGAAUGGGUAUCGUAUCGGGCAGACCGGGUGAUCACCAUACCAGAGUGUCGCGGCGACCGUCGUGAGGGGGGGGGGGGUCUCCCUCGACUGGCCGAGUCGCAGCCCCUUUGAGCCGAGUAUAUGUCGGAUGGCCGUCCGCAGUUAACGUCAACAGACGUUAAUAAUUGCCAAUAAAAGUGUUCAAAGACA